AUGUGUUACGGCAACCUACUGACCGCCAUGUCUGAGUUGACACGAAAGUAGAAACGAGAGAAAACUAACCUCAACUCACGAUCUCAGCUGAUCGGCAACGUGUGUGAAGACAAGCUAUUUUGUAUGUAAUGUUUUAAAGUGCUUUUAGUAGUAGUAAAUUAUUUCAUCAUCGUAUCUUAUUGCUUUCCGAAUUUGUUGUAUUGAACAACGCUACGACGAUGUCAGCGACUAAGAAACAGAUAAAUGAGAAACAAAGAAUCAAGAAGAUGAGCAAAGCGCAGAUGCAGUUGGCAAUAAUAAAGAAGAAACAAUGUGACGUGAAAGCUCUUACGAUAGUCGAGCAACUUCUAGAACCACAUGUGAAUCCUGAUUGGCUUCUUCAAAAUUUAGGAUUUAUAAGUAAAAGUCAUAUGGAAGAUGUGAUAGAGGAGAGAGCUAUAAUAAAGCUAUGUGGCUAUGUUCUCUGCUCCAAUCAGUUGACUGUUAUUAUCCGACAGCAGUAUCAUAUAUCGAUGUACAAGAAUAAGGUGUACGACAUCAGUAGACGGAAGUAUUUUUGCAGUUCGUUAUGUUAUGGAGCAGUCAAUUAUCUUCUUGAACAAAUGUUAGAAAGCCCACUGUGGUUGAGAGAGAAAGAAGAUAUACCUAUUUUUCAGAUUUUGCCUAUGAAUUCAAAAUCUGUGCGAUAUGGAGAUGAAAUUGACAUUGUUGGGAUUAAGUUCUCACAAAAUGCUGACAAUGAUGACGAUAGCACAGAAUCUGCAGAAUGUAGUACAGCUAAGCAGAGAGAAAAAGAUAUGACACAUAAUAUGUUAAGCUCUGUGAAAGAAGAUAUACAUAACUCUCAUUUAUCAAAUGAUAUAAUGAUAGUUAAUGGGAAGAAUGAAAAAGUGAAAGAAACUUUUGUAAAUAUUAACUCACAAAAAUCACUUAAUCAUGAAACCCAUACAAAGUUACGUGUGAAUGAAGAAGACAAUUGUGAUUCUAAAGAAUUUACAAAUCAGGAAAGUAACUACAAUAACAGUGUUCAGCAAGUAGAUGUAAACCUGGAAAAUUUAGAGAUAGAAAUUGCUAGUCAAUCUGGAAAUAUUCUACAUAUGCAUGAACAUAACAACAGGGAUACAGGAAAUAGGAAUCUUAAUGAAAAUAUAUAUGAUGAAACAUUACAGCCUCAAUUAACACAAAUAAAUAAAAAUGACACUGAAAGAUUACAACCUCCAUCAGUGGAAAUAAGUAACAAUGAUGAAAAUAAAGAGAGAUCACAGCUUCAAUUAGAUGAAAUAAAGGACAAUGCUAAUGAUGAAAAAAUCAUACAAUCCAAAUUGAAUGAAAUGAGUAGUGAUGGUGGUAGUAAUAGUAAUAGUAAUAGUUCUGUGAUUUCUUCUGCCUCUAUGUACAGUGAAUAUAGUAAAAUAAGAAAGGCAAAUAGAAUUAAUAAAACUAAAAAGCACAACCUCAAAGAAACCAACAAUGCAGAAGUACAAAAUAUUUUCCAGAAACUUGCAAUGCAUGUCGAAAGAAGCGUUAGAGAAUGGGUUACAAAAAAUACGAUUUGCCUGCUAAUGGGUGAAGUGGAUGAAAAAAAUCAACUAUUAGAGAAUCUUACACAGCAUGAUAGAUAUCAAAAAUUAUGCAAAAAGUUAAAUAGGCUACAGUUUGAAGAUGAAAAGGAAGAUCGUGCGAACUUGGAAAAAAAUGUACUCAAACCUUUACCCCAUUUUUCUGUGCUCCAAGAAGAUAGCAAGAAAAUGGAACUUAAGGUACGUGCAUUUUACGAAGGACGAAUGACAGUUACAUCACCUGAGGAUAGUACGAAAGAAUCCGAAACUAAGGAUGACGAUGCGUACGAGCCUGUAUUACCAUUAACAGAUUCUCAUACGCCCAAUGCACUUCGUCGUCGAAUUUUCUUGGACAAUCUUAAUAAAAUAUUACCAGAUUUAAUGCGCGCUUUAACGACAAAUGCAAAUAUUUCUUCACUGGCACAAUGUACUUACAAUAACGAGAGGUACUCAUUAAUCAAAAUCUUGGUUAAUACGUUUAAUUUAUCUGCUACAAACAUUGUCUUUAAAACCGCCGAAUGGACACUUGUGGGACUCAUUAUUAUUAAGAUGUUGAGCUUGAUUGAUACGCAACUGCAAUCGCUGCUCCGAUCCAAACAAGCAUCUAUGUAUAUGUCUAUGAUUCUUACAACAUACAAAUUAGAUUCUAAUUAUUUAGACAGACUUAUAAUGGAAGUAACAAGUAAUGGAGAGACAUCUAAAUCAAAUGAUAAAUAUUGUUAAUUAAAUAAUGGUAGUAGUUUUAUAAAUAUUUAAUUGUUCUCUGAUGUAAAUCUUUUUUAAAAAUAUAAUUGAUUGUAUGCAAUGAUCUUUUA